CCGAAAUCCCACCGCAUCUCCCUCCGACUCGCACUCGACCGUCGUCCGUGAGACCGCGCGUCACCGUCGCCCGGGGUGCCCUCGGCGUCUCCGCGUCGCCGCGCGCGGACCCAUCCUGCGGAGACGCGUUCCGGGGGCGCGGGGCCGGCGGGGACCUCCCGACCAUCCGUAAACUCCUCCUCGAGUUUCGUUUCCGCCAGCCAUUGAGGGGAUGCGGGUACCUGUUUGGGGCGCCGGCGCCUGCGCCCGCCCGCGCGCGCGCGCUCUCUCCCUCUCCCUGCAAAAAUUGGAUCUCUAGGUCCCCACACCGAGGUGCACAGACGCCAAACAGUGAUGAAAUGAGAAGAAAGCCAAUUGCCGGACUGGAGGUGGGGGAGAGAUAGCGUCUCUGCGUGCGCCCGCCGCCGAUCCGGGCGCCCUAAUUGCUGUAGACAGGGAGCGCGGGGGGCUGGGCCGAGGUAGCGGUGUAUAAAUAGUGAGAUCUCAAGUUGAAAGGCAUAAAUAACACCAGAAGGGAUCUACCCUCACACGGACAGUCCUCUCCGCGCGGGGAGGCGUGCGGACCUCAGCCCGGCUCCCGGCCAGCCCCGCCGCGCCCCCCGCGGACCCCACAGCCCCCGGGCAGCCAUGGAGGAACUCACGGCUUUUGUAUCCAAAUCUUUUGACCAGAAAAGCAAGGAGGGCGGCGGCGGCGGCGGCGGCGGCGGCGGCGGCAAGAAGGAUUCGAUCACGUACAGGGAAGUUUUGGAAAGCGGACUGGCGCGCUCCCGGGAGCUGGGGAGCUCGGAGUCCAGCCUCCAGGACCUUACGGAGGGCAGCGGCCACUGCCCGGUGCAUCUGUUUAAGGACCACGUGGACAGCGACAAGGACAAACUGAAAGAGUUCGGCACGGGGAGGGCUGCGGAAGGCAUCUACGAGUGCAAGGACAAGCGCGAGGACGUCAAGUCCGAGGACGAGGACGGGCAGACGAAGCUCAAGCAAAGGCGCAGCCGCACCAACUUCACGCUGGAGCAGCUCAACGAGCUGGAGAGGCUGUUCGACGAGACCCACUACCCCGACGCCUUCAUGCGCGAGGAGCUCAGCCAGCGCCUGGGGCUCUCGGAGGCGCGCGUGCAGGUUUGGUUCCAGAACCGGAGAGCUAAGUGCCGGAAACAAGAGAACCAGAUGCACAAAGGCGUUAUCCUGGGCACCGCCAGCCACCUGGACGCCUGCAGGGUGGCCCCCUACGUGAACAUGGGCGCCCUCCGAAUGCCUUUCCAACAGGUUCAGGCACAGCUCCAGCUGGAAGGCGUCGCGCACGCGCACCCGCACCUGCACCCGCACCUGGCCGCGCACGCGCCCUACCUGAUGUUCCCGCCGCCGCCCUUCGGGCUGCCCAUCGCGUCCCUGGCCGAGUCGGCCUCCGCCGCCGCCGUCGUGGCCGCCGCCGCCAAAAGCAACAGCAAAAACUCCAGCAUCGCCGACCUGCGGCUCAAGGCGCGGAAGCACGCCGAGGCCCUGGGGCUCUGACCCACCGCCCGCGGCGCGCCCGGCCCCGGCCCCACGACCCCGCCCACGCUGCGUCCUGCACGCGCCCCCUCCGCGCCCCCCGAAGGUUCGCACGGACGCCCUGCAGCGAGCGCGCGGGCCCUGGGGCAGCGGCCUCCCCGCUCUGGGCAGCCCGGGGUGGGGCCCACCACUGGCCUAGGGAGGGGGCCUUCCGGGGCCCUCACGACCCUGCCAGACCCUCGCAGAGACCGUGCGGAAGAACGCAGGUGACGCUCAGACCACCCAGCCCUUUGCGGCGCUGUCUGCACUUCCUGGGACCCUGCGCCACCGGGAGCCCCUGUGUGCCCCUGUGCGCCCCGCGCGCUCCUGUGCGCCCCCGUGCGCUCCUGUGCGCCCCUGUGCGUCCCUGUGCUGCCGGCGGCGUUCCUACCCUGUGCAUGUGGCUUCCUACUCGCCUUUGGAAGAUCUUAGAGUCUAUUAAACAAAAGAUCUGGGGCUGGUCUCCGCUGAAGAUACCAACACUUUUAUUCACUGCCACGAACUUGCUUUUUCGUCUGAGGAGGUUCAGGACGGGUAUGGAUUUCAAUGUGGACUUUCGCCUGCCAGGCAGGGGCCAUACUCUGCAGCAAUAAGGAACCGCGUCUGAGGACCUCCACAAGGUGGGGUGGGGGUGGGAGAGACCUGGUUCUCCCAGGUUGGGACCGUUUUUUUUUGGGGGGGGGGGGAGGGGGUUGAACCUGAAUGACGAGCACGGUCUUCACGCACAUGUUUGGCCCCAAAGCACCGAGUUUAGGAUUCCUUGUGCCAUAGUACAGGCGACUUUAUAACUUUUCCAGCAUUUGAUUCCCGAAUUGAUGAAUUUUUUUUGGGUUUUUUUUUGCUGUUUUACAGAAUUCAGACGCAAAUAACUUGCAUAGAGACACAGGGGCGGGUGGUUUUAAGGUAUGAUACUGAUGCAGCAUUAACUUUGGUGAAAUGCAGUUAAGUGCAAUACUGUAAAUAUUAUAGAUUUAAAAAAAAAAUAGCCGUGCACUCUUGACCCCGUCAGCUUCGGAAUUCCAAGGGCAUUACCCUCCUCCUGCAUGCUGCCGCCCGGCCGACUGGGGGCCCAUCGCCAAACCCGAGGGGGGGUGUCUGGCGUGGGCCGAGCAAGACCGGGGGGCCUGUCAGGAUGUGACGCUGCUGGCUGAGCUGUUUCUGAGAAGGGAAGAGUGAGUGACGUCCUCCGGGCAGCGAGUUUGAAGACAGUGUUUUGUAGCCGAGGUCCCAGGUUUUACUUUUCCUUCUCUUUUCUUUUUUGUUUCUCCCUGAGUCCCCCCCCCCCAGGCCCCCCUCCCGGCCGUGUUGUGUGAGCACCACACGGCGACUUAGUUGAGCAGGUGGCAUGGGAUAGGAAAGUCGCUUGAAAUGGUGUAGCCACAGGGUUCCGGGUCCCCAGCGAUGCACCUGAGUUCCGGGCGAGGCGCUUUGCGGGCACUGCGUGGGCUCCGGGGGCCACGCACCAGGGCUGGGCUUGUCUACCUCGGAGAGACGCCUGUGUUUUUGCCUUAGUUGCCGAGGGCUGCCCAGACGGAAGCGGCUUUCUCCAUCAGUGUGCCAACCCCUACCCGGCCGUCCAGCCAGCGUUUCAUGAGCUGCACGCGUUCAUUCUGUGUCCAAAAGACGUUUCGCUCUUUCUGGAUUUGGCCUUGGCGGCUGUCUUUCCUUAUCCCCGAACUUUGGUAUAUUUUCUUCACGAGACAGAAAACGUUUCCUUCCGGGCAAGGAAACAUUUUCUACCUUUCCACGGGGCUGAGAUGCAGACGCGUUUGGACGCGUCUCAUUUCUAUCAUCUGAAAUUCUUUAUAGGAACCGAAAGGCCCCUCCGACAUCCCCCCCCCCGAAAUUUUAGUAAAGCUCUAAAAUGACAGAGCAAGACAGAGGAAGCAAGGUCAGUAUUUUUAAAUCACUCACAACUUUUUAUGUCAGACAUUCACGGCGACGUAGAGUUUGCCUGAAAUGUGCAGUUUUGCUUUCAAACAGCUGUGAAUAAAAAAAAAACAAAAAAAGAAAACAGGAGGUCCUACAAAGCUUGAAUUUUCCUUCCCAUGCAAACAGCGCAUUUCCAACCUUUUAAAGCUAGUGGCAUUCAUCCGAAAAUGUAACACUUGGCGAAGGUUCCAGGUAAAGCGUGUGCGUCCGUAUUUUCUUGUUUGUUUGAAAAAGCUUACAAAAUUUUUGCCUAAAUACACUCUUCACAGACCACUCCCUCCGCCCCAGAAAACUCCCUCCACGUGAGCACAAGACAUGGGGUCUGCAGCUUCCAGUUGCGGUUGUGCUGGUGGCACCCAGGACGUGCUGGACGGGGGUCCCCUAAUCCUCGUGUGGGUCUAGGUGCACCGGGCCGUCACCCCGGGGCCGUGGCAUCACCCGGGGGCGUGCACGUGGUGCAGAACUGGGACAGGGCGUCAGAAAAAUGACACGCAUGAAACGGAUGCCUCUGGGCUGUUGUUGCUGUUUUCUGCUCAAACCAGGAUCCCUUUCAAAGUCAUUCGUGGGACAUCCCAACAGCGCCUUGGUCACAGCGGGAAAUGUCACCUGGAAAGCACGUUGGGCAGGUAUGCGUGUUGACGCGGCUGUAGGCAGACUAUUGGGUUUGUCGGACCUACAGAGGGUUCCCGCGGGCGCACAGGGUGAACCGCGGGCUGGUUCCCAUAUCCACCCGGCUCUGCCGGGCCCACUUCGCGAGGAGGCGUCAGCCCCAGGAUGCUUUUUCUUUUUCUGAAACCUUGGCCAAAGAGUACUGUCAGGACGGAAAUCGCCCGGUUUGGCAAAACGGAGUUCUUGUGAGAUGUUGCUGCUCUCUUGGACCUUUGUUACGAAUUCCAUCUUUCCUUCCUUGGGUUGUGUGUCUGGGAAACCGCGAUCGAUGACGUCACUGGGGAAGGUUCUGGAGUUUCUGGAUCUGGGGUGCUGGGCAUACUCUACGGAUGAUGUGUGUGGCUCUUGCGUGCUUGGGGAAGCACGGCUACCCAGCAUGCCUGGUUCAGAGGCACGGGGAUGUCCUUUUCUUCUUGUCUGUAUGGGGCAUCCACAUGGUGACUUUCUUCACUCUGACAGAAUCAAGCACUGGGCCCGACGGGGUUCCUGAAUCACUUAUGGGAAAAGCAAGCCAGUCUGGAGCACAUGUUCUGACGCGUUGCCACGUCCAUCAGCUAAUUGGGUUGGCAUCCGUGCUUGAGGGUGGGGGGGCCUUCAGAGCCUCAAAUGCCCCCUGAUCUCCUGGGGCAGGGACUGUCCCCACACCUCACUGCAAUGCAAGCUGGGCACUGUGGCUGCCUCCGCUCCCUGCAAGUCUUGAGUUCCAGGUGUGGGCUUCCUUGUGUCCUUGGCCAUGAGCAUCUGUGGUCUGUGCCAUGGGGGGACAUGUGGGUGUUUAAAGUGGAACCAGGAGCAUGUUGGGCACCGGUGUGCGAGUUCACAGCCACCCCCCUGGUCGCGAUGGAAAGGACACCAUAGCCUUCUCUGCUCCCACACUUGGCUUCCAAUCUAAUCCCUUAAUUUUCCUCAAGGUACAAGCCCCUUUUCCUGGGAAUUUUCACCGGGGCACAGAGCUGAGCACAAGAACCCAACAUUUUCAGGCACUUUGCCCCUUCCUUGCUCCGAGUUUCGGAGGUUGGGGAGGAGGGGGAGGUCUGUUCAGUUGACAAGUUUUAAAACCUGGUGCCUAAUUUAUUGAAAUUUAUUAAAAAUUAGCUUAGGGAUAUGCUGACUUUUUGUUUUGUUUUCAAUACACGUGAAAACUUGAUGCAAUUUAUAAAUGUUUUAUUGAAAUUUGAUAUUUAAUGAGAAAUCAGCUGAAGAAUGUAGAAAAUAUCAACUUUCAAAGCUAUUAAGCGUGCUAUUUAUUGAAAGGUGAUAGUUUGAUAACCGAGCCCUGUUGUAGGUUGAGGUGGCAUCAGAGGGAGGCAAGGUUCUCUGCUUUUUGACUUUGGAUGUAUGUGGAUGUGUUAUUUAUUGCCUUUGGUUUUUUUUUUUUUUUUUUUUGGUUGGAAGUUCAUAAAUAUGUGCUAUUUUAAUUAUGGUGAGUGUAAAUUUGACAUUGCCUUGCAUUUAUUUUUAUAUUUUUUAAGCCUCUUGCUUUCGCCCCUCCCCCUUCCCCCCCCCCACCCCCGAAUUAUGAGGAGCGACUAGGAUUUACGGCACAGCCACAGCGUUUGGGUUAUGCAUACGAGCUUUGUCUGGACCUACAGACGUGUUCAGGGAUCGCUCCAACGAAAAGAAGUAACAGACGCUUUCCCAAACCAGCGGUCUUGAAAACCUGUAUCCCUCUGCUAUCGUGGGGCUGGGGGGUGGCGGUGGGCGGAAACCACGCGGGAGGGGUUUUUCUGGCCAUGCUUGCAGGUUGGUAACAUGAAAUGUUCUCACGUUUAGUUCUAGUUACAAAGUGUAUUUUGUCAAACCAUAUAGUAUGAAUGUACAUCUUGUCAAACGGAGAUAUAAAUAAACUUAUAAAUAUUUGUA